AUGGAUGGCAUUCUUUACGAAGCGCAGAGACAAGGCCGUAUCAGUUUUUACAUGACGCAUUACGGCGAGGAAGCGAUGAUUGGCAGUGCUGCUGCUUUAUCACCGAAUGAUAUGGUUUACGGACAGUAUCGCGAGGCAUUUGUGCUGCUUCAUCGCGGCUUUACCAUUGACGAAUUUGUCAACCAAUGUUUCUCCAAUGAGCUGGACCAAGGGAAAGGCCGUCAAAUGCCUGUUCAUUAUGGCAGUAAAAAGUUGAAUUUCCAAACCAUCUCUUCUCCUUUGGGGACACAGAUUCCUCAGGCUGCCGGUGCUGCUUAUGCGAUGAAAAUAUCAGGUGCGGACGCAUGUACCAUUUGCUACUUUGGCGAAGGUGCUGCAUCCGAAGGUGAUUUUCAUGCAGGCUUGAACAUGGCAGCCACUCUCAAUUGCCCUGUUAUUUUCUUUUGUCGUAACAACGGGUACGCGAUUUCAACACCCUCCUCUGAGCAAUAUAAAGGUGACGGUAUUGCUGGACGUGGCAUAGGCUAUGGUAUGGAUACGAUUCGAGUCGAUGGAAACGAUAUUUGGGCCAUCUAUAACGCAACCAAAACGGCUCGAGAGAAAGUGAUCAGUGAGCGCAAACCUGUGCUUAUAGAAGCAAUGACCUAUCGCAUCGGUCAUCACAGUACAUCCGACGAUUCUACCAAAUACAGAAACCGGACAGAAGUAGAAGAAAGAGCUCAGUUCGAUAAUCCUAUCACACGUUUGAGACGUUAUAUGGAAAUCAAAGGCUGGUGGAGCCAACAAGACGAAGAAAAUUACCGCAAGGACAUCAAGAAAGAUAUUCUUACUCGAUUUACAGCUGCUGAAAGACGAAAGAAGCCUUCACUUGACUAUUUGUUCACAGACGUUUACGAUGAAAUGACGCCCAACUUGCAUCGUCAGCAGAAAGAACUGGAAAAUCUAAUACAAAAAUACCCUGAAUACUAUAACACAGAUGAUUAUGCCAAACCUUGA